AUGGCACCAUGCAAGAUGAAGAAGGCCGCAAAGACCAAGCGAAUCUCGUCAAAAGUCAAGCGCAACACAAGAAGCCAUCACACAAGCACAGCACCGCAAAAAUCUCCUUCACAAAACACACACAUCAAGCAAGAAGAAGGCGAAAAAACUUCCUUCACAACCCUCCACUACCCCAAAACGCCCCUCAACUCCGUCCACCCCCUCUCCAUGUCACAAGUCCGAAACUCAAUUCGGCGCGCAGAAUUCAAAGAAUACAUUGCGUUGGGCAUUACACCAUUGGAAGGGAAAGGAAGCGGAAUUGCACAAGGGGCUCAGGGCACCACCAAUCUUCUCGUCGAUGAAGGAGUCGAAGAAGAACUAGCAAGAACAUGGCAAGACUGCCGAAACGAUCAGGAAAGUAAUGGGUUAAAGUGGCUUAGGGAGAGGCUAUGGGGCAAAGGAAGAUGGGCAGUUCGCAUGGAGGAAGAAGACGAUUUGUUAUAUGUAGUUUCUGCAUUAGGAGAAGAGGAGUGGCGAGCACUCUGGGCCUGA